GCCACGCUGGAGGUCCGCGAAAGAGCCGCCGCCCGCCGGGCACGGCCUGUCAGCCAUGAGACGGCUCUUACUAGUGAUUAUCCUGGCUGCUGGUGUGAUGUAUGUUAUACUGCACUGCAAUCUUUGGAGGGCAAACGGCGACUGGUCACCCCAUAUAGAGGAAGAAAGAAAGGAAGAACUAAUAACUUGUGCUUUCAAAUCCAAUGUUUCAACCUUACUAAAUGUAAAUAAACUGUAUCCAUUCCUGUGUGCCAAAAACUUUUGGAAAGUGUCAGAGUCCCAUGGAGGUCACAAGAUUGAACUACCUUACGGAAUAAAGAGAGCAGAAAGGUAUUUUCAACUGGCUCUUUCAAGACUGCAGAACUGUGAGCUGUUUGGUGAAGAUGAAGGCUCCCUUUGCAAAAAAUGUGUUGUUGUUGGCAAUGGAGGUGUCCUUCGAAACAAGAGUCUAGGAGAGACCAUUGACUCCUAUGAUGUAGUAAUCAGAAUGAAUAAUGGCCCUGUUAUCGGCUAUGAGGAAGAUGUUGGAAGGAGGACAACAUUCAGGCUUUUUUAUCCCGAGUCUGUUUUUUCAGAUCCAGUUCACUAUGAUCCUAACACAACUGCAGUUCUGGUUGUCUUCAAGCCUCACGACUUAAAAUGGCUUGGGGACCUAUUAAGUGGCCAGCGUUUAAUUAGAACGAAUGGCUUUUGGAAGAAACCGGCAAUGAGAAUGAUCUAUAAAUCAAACCAGAUCAGAAUACUUGAUCCAGCCAUUACCAGACGAACAGCCCACGAAUGGCUUCAUUUGCCCACAAAGUUUGCCAAACUGGAAAAACCAAAGCAUCCCACAACAGGGUUGAUUGCUAUUACUUUUGCAUUACAUAUAUGCAAUGAAGUCCACCUGGCAGGCUUCAAAUACAACUUCAGUGACCGAAACAGCUCCUUACACUAUUAUGGCAAUGACACCAUGUCGCUGAUGAUUCAGAAUGGGUACCAUGAUAUUGCUGCCGAACAACGACUUUUGAAGGAACUCAUGGACCACCACAUUGUGAUCAACUUAACAGAAGAAUAAAAAUGGAAGCACAAGCGCUGUUUUU